AUGCAAACAGAUGAGUUGCACGAUAUUACUCUCCGACUCAGUGAGAGUAAUUGGGCACACCACCAUGCAACAUAUAUUCAUCGUUGGAAUAGGCGAGAACAAUAUAUUGUUCAAGGGCAACAAAUGGGACAACCACUCCACCAUCAUUCUGAAUAUAUGGAGUGGUACCGUCGAGCUGGUAGACGUUGGAUCUCAAUAAGUGGAGCUGCUAUUGGUUGUGUGGAGGACGCAAUUGAGGAUUGUUUGAUAAAAUUACAAAAUCCAUCAACACAAAACGUGGCAGAAGUUAAGCGUACAUUAAGAAAAAUGAUGAUUGCUCUGGAACAAGAAAGUAGGCUUUGCCAAAUGCCACCUCCUCGCCCGCACCUCAAGCAAAGAACUUUUAAUGAUGAAUUGGAAGAGGACCAACCCAUCAACCAACCUCGCCCCUCACGUGACCAAAGACGACGCCAAUCACGCCCUCCUCGACGUCGCCAACAUCAAAUGCGCUAA